AUGGAGUGGAUUGAAAAAUUUCCUGCCACUAAAGUGAUGCACUUGGAGUGUGGCUCAUCGGACCAUAAACCUAUUCUUAUUUGUUUGAAUGGGAUACCAAAAAUCCGACAAAAACCAUGGCGGUUUGAACACAUGUGGAUGGGGGAAGAAGGAUGCAAGGACGUAGUUGAAGAAGCAUGGGUACACGAAACCACUGGGCAUGCCAUGGCUCGGGUUGAAGGCAAAAUAGGACGCUGUCAAUCCAAACUGACAUGGUGGAGUAGGCUGGCUAUUGGAAAUAUAACUCGGCAAUUAAAGGAAAAAAAGGUGCAGCUACGUAAGGCUGAAGAUGCCGCUAUUGUUGGGAAAUCCAUGAGUAGGGUAUUUCGGCUUAAGAGGGAGAUCAAUGAUCUUCUAUCUAAGGAGGAAAAAAUGUGGCGGCAAAGAUCACGCACCCUAUGGUUACAUGAAGGGGAUGGAAACACUAGAUUUUUCCAUAGCCAAGCUACACAUAGAUAUCGAAGAAACAAAAUUGAAGUGAUCGAAAAUCUGGUUGGGGAAAGGUGUGAAGAAGAAGGGGAGAUAGCAAAUAUAUUGAUAGAACACCAAUUUAUUUACCUCAUCCUCUCCGGAUUUGAUUGA